AGGUUCGGAUAAGUAGUAUCUAGAACCUUCGUCUUCCUUCUUGCCCUGAAAUUUUGCACAUUUCGUCUGCAUUUUUGCCCAAAUUCAACUCUUGUUUUUACAAAAAAACCCAUAAAUUUAGUAUACCAGAACUUUCUUAAAGGGGAUAGCUCAGCGCCAGCCAUGAUUCUGGCAGUUAUCAACAACUUUCCUCAAAUGUCAGUUUGUCCUUUAGAUUCCAUUUAUGUUAUCUGUUUUUAACUGAAAUUUUGCUCAAAAGCCCUAAUCUACUCUAGAUUUGGUCUUUGCGUAUACCAAUCUGUUUGAUCUUUCAUCACAGCAAGUUUUAAUUUAUUUUAUAUAUUCUCGGGUUUGCUGCAAAGUUUGAUGAACCCAUCUGAGUUUUCAAAAGUGAAAAUUCGUGAGAUUUGUGAUUAUCUUGUUGUAAUUUGUUUGGUCUAAUUAUCGUCGUGCAAACUUUAAUCUUAUAUUUCCUAGGUUUUGAUGCUAAUUUUGAUGAACCCAUCUGAGAUUUGUAAUUGACCUUGUUCUGAUUUAUUGAGUUUCAUCGUCGUAGUCGUAGUACAAGUUUCUAUCUUCUAUUUCCUGAGUUUUGCUGCAAAAUUGAAUAAACCCAUCUGGGUUUUCAUACGAAAGAUUCUGGAUUUGUGAUUCGUUUGGGUUUAUUAUCUUGGUAAAUUAAAACCCGUCGAUAAAGACUUGUGAUUUAGAAGGGGUCGAUUAUGAAUCCUUUCUUCUCGGUCGUUAAGGAGGAGUAUCCAUCAAGUGGUGGUGGUGGUGGUGGUAGCGACGGCGUAAGGCGGCCAACGGCGAUUCAAGCACCACUUCCACAGCCAAUGGAGGGUCUUCAUGAUGCUGGGCCCCCACCUUUUUUGACGAAAAUCUAUGAUAUGGUCGACGACCGAAGUAUUGACCACAUUGUUUCUUGGAGCAGAGGUGGUCAAAGCUUCACUGUAUUGGAUCCACAUGCUUUCGCUACUAAUCUCCUCCCUCGAUACUUUAAACACAACAAUUUCUCUAGUUUUGUCAGGCAACUCAAUACUUAUGGUUUUAGAAAGAUAGAUCCGGAUGUAUGGGAGUUUGCGAAUGAAGCGUUCGUGAGGGGUCAAAGACACGUUUUGAAGAACAUCAAGAGAAGACGCGCGCCUUCUUCUUCUUCAUCAUCAUCUUCAGCUGCUUCUCAAGGUUGUCCUGAAUCAUUCGGAUUGGAUGAAGUUGGGCGUCUGAAACACGAAAAGCAAGUUCUGAUGAUGGAGUUAGUAAACCUCCGACAACAGCAACAGAACACUAGGGCUCAACUUCAAGCCAUGGAAGUCAGGAUACGUGGGACAGAGAAAAAACAGCAGAAGGUGAUGAGUUUCUUGGCGAAAGCUAUGCAAAAUCCUGAAUUUGUCAGAAAGUUAGUCCAACAUGGUAGAAGACAGGACCUUCGAGACGCCAUUAGAGGGUUUGAUGGUGUUGAAAGUGGGGAAUCGAGUCGAACCAGAAACAAACUUAUUAAAGAUGAACCAGAGGAGGAGGAGUUUUCUCAGGUGUCUGAGCUUGAGGCACUUGCUUUAGAGAUUCAAGGAUUUGGUAGAGCCAAAAGAAACCAAGAGGAAGAAGAAGAAGAAGUAGUAGAAGAAGAAGAAGAAGCUAAUGAGAUGUGUGAAGAGAAAGAACUUGAUGAUGAAUUCUGGGAAGAGUUGUUUAGUGAAAGAUCAGGUGUUGAAGAUGUGAAUUUCUUGGCUGAUAAGUUGGAUUUCUUGGGUUCGAAUCCCAAAUAGGAAGCUUAGCUAGCUAACCCUUUCUUCAUCUUCCAUUGUUAUCUCUUGAUCAUUGUAGUUAGGUACUGAUUGAUGAUGGUGACUGAAGAUGAAUGAUAUUUCACAGAUUUUAAGAAAGCUGCUGCUAUCGGGGAUUCCAUUCCAUUUCAAUACCAUUGCCAACACACACUAUCAUGUUCUUGUUUUAUGCGUUCGUUGUUGUUUAAGUUUUGUAGAUUUGAUACUCUUAUGUUACUACUACUCUUUCUUGGUUAUCAGAUUGGAAGCAUUUUCUGCUGACUGAAAUGAACGUUGCUUGUUCUCAAAGAUUGAUCUGAAGAUAUUGAACCGGUCCAACCGGAGCAGCUAUUGAUCGAUGACUAUUUGAGCUGUUUCUUACAUCAUAAGAAAAAACCCAGUAAAUGGGUUUUACUUACAAGGGUUGAUAUGUUAAUUAAAUAUAAAUAUAUUUCGAUAUAUUAUAUUAUAUUAAAUGUUGUAUUAUUCACCUGUAAUUUAAUGAUGGGAGUGUGCUUUUGAGGUUUUUUAUUUGUGUACUUGAGAUAUAGUGGAGCCUCUAGUAAUUAUUCAAAUAUUUGUUAUCUGA